AUGGCCGGGACAGCGAAGGCGCUGAGCCGUGCGGCUUUGAUGCUCUCACAGAGACAGCAUAUCAGCGUUCCAUCGGUUUUUCAUGCGCGCACCACGCGCACCACGCCAACUCGUCUCCAACAGACCACCCGUCGUUUCUCCUCGUCGCCCUUUACCCAUCUCCGCAAAGAUGCCGACAAGCCACGGGAUGCCGAGUCCAAUGACUUUGAGAAACUCUCAGAAUACUCAAUCGAAAAUUUCACGGAAGCGGAGAAGUCCAUGUACGAAUUGAUGUCCUCCGAAGAGCGAGCCGUAUUCGACGCCGAAAAUAAACGCUUGGUUGCGAUGUGGAAUGACCCAAAUUCCCGAAGGGAGACUGAGGAUAUGAUUGAGUACUCAGCGGCAGAAGUUGACAAACAAUCGAGAAUGCGAUUCGAGGACGUUAGAGAGAGGAAUCGCGGUUUCUGGGCCGAGGAGGAAGAGGACGAAUUCUCGAAUGCGGAGGAUGGGGAUGAUACUUUUAAUGAUGAUGAAAUCACCUCUAUGGCCCACGCAGAGUUGGAACUGCAUCGCGAGGUUCGAGAGUAUGCUCGUAUUGCAGCAUGGGAUAUGCCAUUGUUGAGUAACCUUACCAAGCCAUUUGAAUUGCCCAAGGAAAACCAAAUUCUUCGUUUCCGAUACACAUCCUACAUGGGCGAACAACACCCAGCUGAGCACAAGGUUGUCGUGGAACUCAGUUCCAAGGAUCUUGUACCGAAGCAUUUGACCGAGCAGCAACGUCUGACCUUCCUUAAACUCGUCGGAACACGCUACAAUCCUGACACAGACGUUGUGCGCAUGUCUUGCGAAAAAUUCUCAGCUCGAGCCCAGAACAAACGUUAUCUCGGUGACACCAUCAAAAAUUUAAUCAAAGAGGCCAAAGAAGGCGACUCCUUUGCAGAUGUGCCCCUUGACCUCCGCCACCACAAACCAAAGAUCCACUAUAAAUUCCCCGAAUCAUGGAAAAUGACCGAAAACCGAAAGCGUCAACUUCUUGCGGACCGUCAGCUUCGUCUUCUAGGAGAGCAGGAACGUAACACCGUCGUUGAUGGCAAGGAAUCCAUUCUCCAUGCUAUUCGUACUUUACCAACCCUGAGCCACAAUCCCCAGCUCCAUGCUGCACAGGAGAAGGGUGCUGUUAAGGAGGCUGCUGCAAGAGGAAAGACCGCCGCAAGGCCGCGAAGAUAG